ACUUUUAUGGAUGCUUGAUCAGACAAUUCGAAGUUACGAGCCAAACAAAUAAACAAAAAAAAAGACGAGAAAAAAGGCUAUCGUAAUCGGCGUUGAUGGGCUGCAAAGACCUCUGUUACCGGAAACAUCACAAAAAGCUCAAGCAGUUCCAGAGGGUGGAGAUAAAAGUGAAGAUGGACUGCGAAGGGUGUGAGAGACGGGUGAGGAAGUCGGUGGAAGGCAUGAAAGGAGUCAGCAAAGUCACCGUCGAACCUAAACUGAGCAAACUCACGGUCGAGGGAUUCGUCCAACCUAGCAAGGUGUUGCAUCGUGUGAUGCAUCGUACGGGGAAGAAGGCGGAGCUGUGGCCUUACGUGCCUUACGAGGUGGUGCCACACCCUUACGCACCUGGUGCCUACGACAAGAAGGCCCCUCCCGGCUACGUUCGUAAUGCCCUCGCCGACCCUCUGGUGGCUCCUCUUGCUCGUGCCAGCUCCUUCGAGGUCAAAUACACUUCUGCUUUCAGCGAUGAAAAUCCCAACGCUUGCACCAUCAUGUGAUCAAAAUUUAUAUAUAUAUAUAUAUAUAUAUAUAUAGUUAACUACACAUAUGUGUGUGUGUGUGUGUAUAAACUUCAAGUAACACUGGAAGACAGUUUGAAUGUUAUGUGUCAUCUAAAUUCCACUGAAAUUAAAAGAGAAAAACAGAAGAAGAAAGAGGAUAGGAGAUGGAGUAGUAAUAGGAGAAAGAAGAGAGAAAGGUGAGAAGCCAUAAACAGACUGACUAGGCAUGCCAUGACCCAAACAGGGUAUAGCAGAAGCAGUGUGUAACAGACGAUGAGAAGGCAGUUGCAGACCACACUCAGCCCUCUCUCGAUAGCUUCUCCAACCAGCAUCUUGUUCUACGUAUUCCUACUCUGUAUAUUGUUCAUGCUUCCAUUUAAAUACUGAACAAUAAAAUUAAUAAGUCUGCAACAAACUUGACGAGAGAACAUGCAAAAGAAGUUGUUUCCUCUCUAAACGGAACAAUGCAUCACGCAUUUCUGCA